AGCUGCAUUUCUCAUCGUGCUAACGCCCAUUUUUAUUAUUUGGUCAGUGGCGCAUCGUGAAACGGACGUCUCUUACCGUGUGAUUCUUCUGGCUGCUUUUCUUAUUGGUGUUGUGUGUGCGCUGCUAUCGUAGGCUACUCUUACACCAUGGCCGCUGCUUUCCCCGCCCUCAGCGUCGGCUACCCAACCGCUGCCCCCGGUCCCAGCUACGGCGCACUGGGUGGCCAGUCGUGCGCUGCCCCGUCCAUGCCAGUCGCGGGCGCCUACGCCCCACAGGGUUACCAGGCACCGCCCGAGCUGCACAGCUGGUUCGCGGCGGUGGACCGCGACCACAGCGGCCGCAUCGACAUGAACGAGCUCAACCAAGCCCUCUCCAACGCGGGCUUCCGCUUCAGCCUCGGCACAACGGAGAUGCUGAUGCGCCGCUACGAUUUGGAUCGCAGUGGCACCAUCACGAUGGAGGAGUUUGCCCAUCUGCACGAGUUCGUCUCCUCGAUGCGGGAGGGCUUCCGCCAGCGCGACACGAGCGGCGACGGUCGAUUGGACGGGGCCGAGACGCGGGAGGCAUUCCGCCUGAGCGGGUUCGCGUUGAGCGAGGCGACGUUUCAGGCGGUGAUGCGGAAGUUCGACCGGCAGCGGCGUGGCAACCUCGGCUUUGAUGACUACAUUGAGCUCUCUGUCUUUAUGGCGCAGACGCGGGAUGCCUUCGCGUACUUCGAUUUUGAUCACGAUGGGACAGCCACGUUCAACUUUGACACGUUCCUUGGCGCGCAGGCAACGCUGCGGUAG